AUGUAUACUUCAUCAUUUUUUCUUGUUUCCCUCCUGUUCCUCCAUGUCCAUGGCGGGGCUACUUGGAAAGUCCCCCACAAAACAUUUGACAACAUUCAGUUACCUCAUGGUCAUCAAGUGCCAUUAAGCGCAGAGAAUGACGAUGAUCUGAAUAUCUAUGGCGCUACAUCGUUUGCCGGGCUGAGAACUUUUGCCAACUUGCCCUUCGUAGAUUGCUUCUCUGACGAGAAUGCGGAGGGUCAUAAGUAUGACAUUGCGGUCUUUGAGCCAUCAUUUGACCCCCAGAGUAGACUACCACUGGCCGGCCGGGAGCUCGCUUUGGUCCACCUGCCAUUCGAAGCGGCAGUCAAAGAAAGUCGCCGGGAGAAUGGAGCGUGUACACGGACAAAGCCCACACCGUUGAGUGAUGUUCUGCUGAGCUAUCUCUUGGACCAUGAGCUGAUGAAGGAGCGAAAGGUCAUUUCUGGCAGACUAGCAGCGAACUCGUCGGUAUUAAUCACGCCUAGAAUACUCACGCUUGGAGGAGACCACACGACGACCCUGUCUGCUUUGCGGUCGACCUACCAGAAAUGGGGUCCCGUCUCAGUCAUUCACUUUGACAGUCACAUCGACACUUGGGAUCCAUUGGUCUUGGGCGGUGGAAUCUCCGACUACGCAGGCCUCAACCAUGGAACAUUCCUUCAUAUUGCCCACGAAGAGAAUCUGAUCUUGAAUACCUCGAUCCACGCGGGUAUCAGAGCCCCGUUGAUCCGAAGAAAGGGUGAUCUGCGUAAUGACGUCCGAUGUGGUUUUGAGAUUGUCACCGCACGCGACUUAGAUAAGCUUGGAGCCAAAGGAGUCAUCUCGAAGCUUAAGGAGCGAGUCGGCGACUCUCGAGUAUACAUCAGCGUUGAUAUUGACGUGCUUGAUCCGGCUUUUGCGCCUGCAACUGGCACUGCCGAGCCUGGUGGCUGGUCUACGAGGGAGCUUCUUACCAUACUCGAUGGCCUCGAGGGACUCUCCAUUGUGGGUGCUGACGUAGUUGAGGUCGCGCCCGCGUACGAUAAUAACGGGGAAACCACUGUUCUCGCUGCGGCCGAGAUUGCUUAUUCAUUGAUCGAUCUUAUGGUUCUCAAGCCUGUCCAGUAA